CCUCAAUUCCCAACGCCUGUGUUUUCCCCAGAUUAUCGCUCCGAUAAGCUGAUAAGCGCCAUCGCAACCAAUGGACGUCGAAGCAAAUACGAGCACUGCGUCUGCAGCCGACAAAAUAAAGUCGCGCAGCAAUGCUUCGUUAACGGAACGCUCGAUCGCGCAUGGUGAGAAUGACAUUUUGGGAGGAGAGAAUGUGGACCAGGUGCUGGCGGCCAAGAUGACUCUGAUCAACGACGCUAUUGAUGAGAUCGGAUUCACUCCCCAUCACUGGAAGCUCUUUUGUCUGAACGGUUUCGGGUAUGCCGUCGACUCGCUCAUCCUCCUUAUCCAGUCGAUCAUUUCCACGCAGGCCGGGUACGAAUUCCAGCCUGGCUUUUCGACGGGCUUGACAAUUGCUGUCUACGUGGGCAUGCUCGUGGGCGCCAUUUUCUGGGGAUUCUCGGCAGAUAUUGUCGGUCGUCGCUUUGCCUUCAAUGUUUCGCUGUUUGUCUCUGCGGUUUUCACUGUCGUGGCUGGCGCCUCGCCAUCCUGGAUUGUCCUCGGUCUCUUUAUUUGCCUCAGCGCAUUUGGUGCUGGUGGAAACCUCGUGUUGGACACCACCGUGUUUCUCGAGUAUCUUCCCAGUCAGAACCAAUGGCUGUUGACUCUGAUGGCGGCCUGGUGGGGUCUCGGUCAGCUUAUCGCCGGUCUGUUUGCUUGGGCUUUCCUUCCGAACUACUCGUGCGCCGAUGCAGCCAGUUGUACAUACGACAACAACAUGGGCUGGCGCUACGUCUGGUAUACAUCCGGCGCCUUUGUGUUUGUUCUGUCUAUUUUGCGCAUCACGAUCAUCCGGCUGGAGGAGACUCCCAAGUUUCUUCUCUCAGAAGGAAAGGACGAGGACGCUUUGCGUGUUCUCCGCAAUAUCGCUGAUAAAUACCAGCGCCCUUGCAGUCUGACCCUCGAGCGACUCCAAGCAUGUGGAAUUACAAACCAACGCAAGACGACAGCAGCCCGUAUGGCCGAACGACUGAUCGACCCCCGGGAGGUGAUCUUCCACUUCAAGGGGCUGUAUGCGACACGGAAAAUGGCGUUGUCUACUACCUUGGUGUGGUUCUCCUGGCUUCUGAUUGGUCUCGCCUACCCCCUGUAUAACGUCUUCCUACCUUCCUACCUGGCAUCCCGCGGCGCCCAAUUCGGGGAUACAAGUCAGUACGUCACCUGGCGUAACUAUGCGAUCAACAACACUUGCAGCAUCUUUGGACCUGUCUUGGCAGGUUUUAUGUGCCGCUCGCCCUGGUUCUGGGGUCGUCGUGGAACCAUGAUCAUCGGCGCUUUGGUCACCAUGAUUUUCUUCUUCUGUUACACCCAGGUGCGCACAGAAAGUGAGAAUAUCGGCUUCACGUGCGCUAUUUCGUUCUGUUUGAACAUUUACUACGGUACUCUAUACGCGUACACCCCCGAGGUUUUCCCCUCGGCUCAUCGUGGCACUGGCAAUGGUGUUGCCAUUGGAUUCAAUCGAAUCAUGGGUAUCGUCAGUGCCAUCGUGGCCUAUUUUGCCGAUACCAAGACAGCAGUUCCGAUCUACAUCUGUGCAGCGCUUUACAUCGUCAUGGCUAUCGUUGCCGCAGUCUUGCCCUUCGAGCCAUAUGGCCGACGAAGCAGCUAA